CGGACACCUGUGAAUUAGCAACUAUGAAUGCCAGUAGGUUACGUGUUUUGCGGAUGUAAUUUGCCGUAGAAGUUAAAUGCAUAAUCAUGUCUGGGUCUCAAGGAGUCAUUGCUUUGUGUGAAAAUACCACAGAAGUGUUUCUGGAUGUUUCUAAAUUGCUCAUUACAUACGCGGACAAUAUCCUUAGAAACCCAAAUGAGGAUAAAUACAGAUCAAUCAGAAUUGGAAAUCCAACAUUUUCAACCAAGCUCCUACCAGUCAAAGGAGCCAUUGAAUGUCUCUUUGAGAUGGGAUUUGAGGAGGCUGAAACCCACCUAGUGUUUCCUAAAUCUGCAUCUGUGGAGAGGCUGAGGCAGGUGCGGGAGUCAAUUGCUGCUGAAAGGGACCAGAGACUUGGUACGAGUAAAGCCGCGUCCAACCAACAAAGUCAUCCUCCACCACCAGCAGGGCCCUCUGCUUCUUCUUCCUCGGCCAUCUCCACACCUGCACCUGCACCACCACCAGCUGCUCUGCCAUUCACUUUGAGCAGUGGGACAUUUCAGAAGACUGUGCAGUCAAACUUCCAGCAUGUGUUGAUAUACGAGAGCCCCGAGUUGCAGCAGAAGGCCCUGAGCUGCAUACCUCAUGAACUGCUCCGAUCCAGAGCUAAAGAACGCUUGAAACAAGCCAAGGACGUGGAACCAGCUUGUAAUCUAGAUGAGGAGGACAUGUUAGUUUUAGAGCUGUUGCAGUGGUUCAAAGGAGACUUCUUUACUUGGGUGGACAAUCUGCCAUGUAGCCGAUGUGGAGGUCCGACCCAGCCUUCUGGACCCCUCUCCCCCUCAGAUGAUGACCUACGCUGGAAUGCAGGCCGCGUGGAGAACCACUUCUGUCACACCUGCCAGCUCUCCACUAGAUUCCCAAGGUACAAUAACCCAGAGAAGCUUCUGGAGACCAGAAGAGGGCGUUGUGGGGAAUGGGCCAACUGUUUCACUCUGCUCUGCCGAGCUUUAUGCCUUGAGGCCAGAUACAUCUGGGAUAGCACGGAUCACGUGUGGACGGAGGUGUAUUCUCAGUCGCAGUGUCGCUGGCUGCACUGUGACCCUUGUGAAAACGCGUGCGAUAAACCCCUCCUGUAUGAAAUCGGCUGGGGGAAGAAACUCUCCUACAUCCUGGCGUUCUCUAAGGACCAGGUUGUGGAUGUGACAUGGAGGUACUCCUGUAAACACCCAGAGGUCCUUUCCAGACGCACACACAUUCAGGAGACGAGGCUGCUGCAGACGCUUAACGGCCUCAACGCUACGAGGCAGCAGGCUCUAGGAGCAGAGAGGAAGCAGCAGCUGUUGCAAAGACUGCUGGUGGAGCUGGUCGAGUUCAUUUCUCCAAAGACUCCUACAUCUGGAGAGCUGGGGGGUCGCAUCUCAGGAUCUCUGGCUUGGAGGGUGGCCCGAGGGGAGUCUGGGGCAAGUGACACUAAAGGGGAAGAACAGGAAUGCGUCUUUAUUCCGUCAGAAUCUGAAAAGCAAAAGAAGUUGUUCCAUAUUUCUUAUAAUGUGACCAAAAACUGUUACUUCAGAGUGAGCAAUGGCCAAGAGACUAUCCCAGGAUGGCAGAGAGGUGCUUGGAGGACAGAAAAUAUGUUCAGGAAAGAAGAGAAUGACUGGCAUAUGGUGUAUUUGGCACGAACGGAGGGUUCUUCCUUCGGUAGGAUAAGCUGGAAAAUGAACUUCGCUCCAGUAGGGAUGAAGAUAAAGUCCACUUCGGUCCGAGCCUUCAGCCAGACCUUCCAUUCAGGCAGCGUGCGUUGGAGUUUACGCUCCGCCGAGACCACCAUAGAGUUCCCCGGAGAUGGUGAACUGCACUCCUCUUCAAGUCUGUCCGGAGGCAAAGAGCUGAUUGUGGAGGCGGAGCUCUCAGGAGGAGAGGGUGAAGUGUCAUGGCAACACGCUCAGCUCUUCAGACAGAGUAUAAAAGACACAGAGAAAGUUUUAUUUGAAAUCUUGGUUGAAAUGGAAGAGUCUUGAUAAGAGAUUAGCAUGUUUACGUCUCUUGCAAGUACACAUGUGAAACGCUGAGGAAAUGUUUCAGCAAAAGUAAGUUUUUACUUUCCUUUUAGACGCAACCCUGCAAUCAACGGUGUUGUUUUAAAGCCCGGCAUCAAGUCUCAUCUGCAUGUCUUUUUACUGUAUGCUAUUUUUAUCUGGCUGUUGUUUCUUUUCUUUUUUUUGCCAGAAAUACAUUUUACUGUAAAUUACUCUGGCUAGCCGGCUGGAAAAUUGAACUAUUUUAUUGUAACGUCUAAGUAAUGUGAUUUUUAGAUAUAACCAAAGUUGGACAUGUAAAAUCUGUCAUUUCGUUGAGUUUAAAACUGACUUUGCAUUUUUUUUUUUUUUCUGUUCAUAAGUGUAAUGAUAUGUCCUUUUAACCAUACAUUAAAUUAUUUAAUUCUUCA